GCAGCGAUACACUUAUACAACUCACACCGAUAAAUGAGAAACAAUUCAAGUUGCUCCAGGAUUUAAACGAUGUGGAUUCACAAUUAGACAUAUUAAAACACAGUGACGGAGUAUCAAAAGCAAUGGAGGUUCUUGUGCCACCACAUAAGUUAAAGUUUAUUAAUAACUUUGCGCAGGAGCAUAACUUGAAAAUUCAUAUUAAAGUAAGGAACUAUGGCAGGUUUUUGGACGAAAAAAUAGGACCAGUUACAUUAAAAUCCAGUGACCCAGUUUUCACUUAUCACUCGUAUAAAGCUAUACAAAAAAUGUACAACAAAUUAGCAAAGCAGAACCCUAAGUUAAUAAAAGUGGAAAAUUUGGGAAAAUCUUUCGAAGGAAGGCAGAUGGAGUUGGUAAAAAUUUCUGAAAAUCCUAAGGCAAAAAAUCCCAUCAUAUUUAUUGAUGCAGGUAUUCAUGCUAGAGAAUGGGUUGCUCCUGCUACAGCUUUGUAUUUUAUUCACCAGCUCGUAAAGCCAUCUAAUGCUGCUGAUCUACAUAACAUUGACUAUUAUAUACUACCGGUUGUUAACCCCGAUGGUUAUGAAUUUUCUCGCACGCAAAGACGGAUGUGGAGGAAAACGAGGUCAACAUCGAAAAAUACCAAAUGUCAUGGAGUUGAUGGGAACAGAAAUUUUGACUACAAGUGGGGCGAGCUUAAUGCGGUAAAAGAUCCUUGUAACUUUGGCACCUACAUUGGCCCAACGGCUUUCUCCGAAGCAGAGACCAAAAUUGUUCGUAAGGUGUUGGAAAAGUACCACGAUAGAAUAAAAUUGUAUAUGGAUCUUCAUAGUUACGGACAAUUGAUUUUAUACCCAUGGGGCUGGAGUGAGGCGGCUAAAAUUGAGAAUUAUGAAAAAAUACAUUCUUUGGGUACGAAGGUAGAGAGAGCAAUGGUUAAGGCUGGUGCAAAACCGUUUGAAGUUAAGUCUGCAGCAAAAUUAUAUUUGACUACUGGAUCUAGUAUUGACUACGCUUACAAAACAGGUAUCCCUUACGCGUAUGCUGUAGAGUUGACAGAUGGUCAUGAAUUUGAUUUCCCGGAAUCAAAACUAUAUUCCACACUGCCACCUUUUUAUAAAGGCCUACAGGCUUUUGCCCAACAUCUAAGGAAAGAAUUCAGAGCACGUCACUGAAGUUAAAGUGUUUAAAUCCGUUGUUUAAUCCGUAUAAAACAAUUCCAGGUUUAUGAACAAAGAACAAUUGUUAUUACAAACUGCGAAUGAUAAUUUUAUUGUAUAUAUUUUAAUUUAUCGCUCAAAGAAAUAACAGAGUAUUUUGUAUAAAAUAAUACUAAAUAGAAUUCUUAGACAUAUUUCAUAACUUCUUCUGAACUAUUUAUUUAUUCUUCUGUUAUCGUAUAGAUGGCAUACACUAUAAUGCUUGCCAACGUAGUGAAAGGAUUUGCCAAUUAACGUACAGGAAAGGCAUGGUUCGUCGUGCGGGAAGGUUGCUUUCGUACAUCCCAAUUAAUUUAUUUAUUUAACAUGGCUUACCAACUAAACACAUAGUACGAUUCGUAAAUAUAAAAACAAAUCAUUUUACUGUUACAGAGCACGUUUUAGUUAUAGAUAUGCACAGCAUUAUAUAUGAAGGUAUUUGAAAGAGCGAAAGUAUUUUUUUUUAUAAUAUCUAGUGACGGGACGAACCAGUCGUGCGCCUGAUGGUAA